AGACUUGAAAAUGAAUUUUUCAACAAAUAACUCUGGGACAGAAGCCGGAGGUUUGGUGUUAGAGGGAGCCAGUUUUGCGAUUUGGGUUUCAUCAGUUUGCAUUUCGUUUGGAUAUUUUGUAGCUACAUCUUACGUUAUGGUAAUGCUAAUAAUUGAUAUGUUCAAAGACGGAGUUGGACCAAGCAGCUCGAACGAAGGUGUCGGGAAAAAUAUGGCAAAAUGGAUCAAAGUAUCACGUUUUUUAUUUGUCACUAUUUGCAACACACUUUACCUAAGUGGGUGGUUUGGACGAAUUUUGGUCGAUUUUUACAACCCGGAAUUUUGCAAUUCACACAAAAGCUUGAGAAUCAUGGUCGAAUCGGCAGCUGCCACGUUCACAUAUUUAACGGUUUGGCUUCGACAUCGAAUAAUUCAUAACAUUCCAGCCAUGCAGCAUUCAAUUAAUUAUGCUACUCGCAUCUUGAGUAUAAUUGUAUUAGUCUUAGCUAUAGUUGUUCCCCCUUUAAAUAGAUUGAUCGUCGUUCUCACCUCUUCAUCCAAAGUUACUCAAACAGGAUGCGAUAUAGUCGAAAUGAGUAUCCCAAUUCAGAUGCCAUUGUUUAUACUUGGCGCGUCGUCCAUUGUAAUGCAAGUUAUAAUACUGGGACUUUUCCUUCAACCGCUACGUCAGCAUCAAAAAAACAUUGGUAGAGCAGCUGACAAUUUGACACCUAUGCUAAAAAGAGCAUUUUUCACAACUCUGGUAUGCUGUGUCAGUGAUGUUGCUGCUUCCGUGUUAGUUGUCGUUGCCGGAUUGUUUAUUGCAGACAUAUCCAUGGAAACUACGUUUUUCAUCAACAUUUGGAUGAUACUGAUCUGCUUUCCGGAGUGGAAAACAACUCUUUUCCCUUUCAUCAGUUUUACAUCGGAAGUGAAUUAAAUGUAAAUUACACGCUUGUAUAUGAAAAUGAUCAUGCACAAAGCAUGUCGACAGCGUUGGCUUAAUUUUAUAAUUGAACACGUAGUGGACCUGUGGAUCGUUUCACUAUUAUGUUGUUGUUGUUAAAAAAUUUCUAUUUCUUCUUCUACUUAAUUUCUCAUUAACUAAUAGACCAAUUGCUUUGAUAUUUUCAGUGUUUGAAGAUUGCAUUUUUUGCAAGGAGGGUUGUACUUUUAUUUAAUAUUAAAUUUUCUAUGAAUCCCACGAUAUCUGAUAUUUCAUCCAAAAUUUCGCUGUAUUAUUUUUCACUCAUGGGAACACAGUGUUUUAGCUUCGUUCAGGAUACCGUAUAAUUUUCGAUGAAUUGAUGGUAUAAUAUUUUGUUUUGUCCUACAAGUCCAUAUAUUUGAGCAUAACUCUCUUGUUUUUCAUAAGAAUAUAAAACUUUCUAUUAUUUUUUUCAAUUAUUGUGGAAACAUUAGACCCAAACUCUAUUCCAGGAAAAAAUUUAAAUAUGAAUUUUCACCUAUCAGCUGAAAGUUGUAAUUAUUAUUGAGCCUAUACAAGCACACAACUGAUUGUUUCAUACCCGAGAACGUAAUAAGCAUCAAUUAAAUGAAAAAUGUGUUCCCAACUACGUUAUUUCUGCGACGUGGAACAAUCAAGCUGUUUCCAUCAAAUUUAGUUUAUGUAUUCAUGCUGGAUCGUAUGUCUCAGGGUUAAAUAUAAUACCCACCUAAGCUAUUCGAUCUGCUCAUUCAUGCUAUUUUCACUUUUCUGAUUGCAUUUGUUUAUAAAAUCGAUAAAAAUAAAAAAUAAAUG